GCGCGGCCUUUAUUCGAGGGCCUGCGCUCUGUAAAUUUAGCUGCUGCUGCACCCGCUGCAGCCAAUGCACCAGCGAUGCGAUAGAGAAACGCGAUCAUGACCUCAGCCUCACUGCCCCGUGUGUUUCUUGACGUUAACAUCGGACAGGAGUCUGUCGGAAGGCUCGUUAUUGAGCUAUACACACAACACGCGCCGCGAACCGCCGAGAAUUUUCGGCAGCUGUGCACCGGCGAGUACAAUGGUCUCUCCUACGCCAAGAUACCCUUCCACCGGGUGAUAGACGAGUUCAUGAUACAGGGCGGCGACAUUGAAAAGAGCGAUGGGACGGGAGUGACGAGCAUCUAUGGCGGCGAAUUUGAAGAUGAGAAUCUCAACUGGCGAGAGCUGGAUGCUGCCGGAUUGGUGUGCAGUGCGAACAGGGGAAAAGAUACAAAUGGCAGCCAGUUCUUCAUAAGCUUGGUACCCACUCCCCAUCUGAACGGCAAGCAUACCGUCUUUGGCAGGGUCGUCUCGGGCGAAGCAGUCCUCGAGCGAAUCGCAAAGGUCGACGUAGACGACAAUGACCACCCUUUAGGAUCAGUCUUGAUAGCGAGGAGUGGAGAGUUGGAGCGGAAAAAGAAAGCCGUGGCCUUGCCAGCCGAACAUGUCCCGGCUAGUAGCAAGGAUCGCGGUCGCAGAAGAAAAAGCGAUCAGGAUCUUUCCGAAAGCGAGAUGAUAGAGGAUGGACCUGCGAAAAAUCAUCGAGCACGCAGGCGAAGUGAUCUCAUAGUUGAUGAAGGCAUCAGAGGAAGACCUCGCCUUCGCUCAUCCUCACAGGCCUCACACGCUUCGUCACAGCCCCUCUCAGAUGGCGACGAGCCCCUCGAACCAUCGAGAUCAACGGAAACGCAGAAACGCAAACGCAGUCAGUCUCCAGCACGGCACGGCGAACGACGUACGAAUCGGUCCCACGAGGAUCCACGCAGAACUCCUCCUCGGCGGUAUGAGUCCGAGCGUGAUCAUGAUCGUUACAGACCAAGUCCGCGCAGUCACAGGCAUCAGUACGCAGGACAUCGUGUUGACAAGGAUAGGGAUCGGUAUCGCGAUCGCGAUCGCGAUCGGCGCGACCGUCACGGCGAUGAUGGUCGAUUAGGCAAUAACGAUGGUCGCCUAGGUAAUGACGGCUAUGGUGAAAGCGAGGCGCCGGUCCAAUUCAAGGGACGCGGUGCGAUGAAGUAUCGCGAGACGCGAGCUUGGUAGCUUCGAUACGAUGUAAUAUUAUGGGC